AGAGUAAAUGCAUGUUUAUUAGUACGAACCGGUCCAAGGCUAUAAACAACAGACUAAUAUCACAAUCAACAACUAACCACCCCACACAUAUUCUCACUAACAUUAUCUCCUGUAUCUGCUCCUUUGCUUCAGUUGUAAACCAACUCCUCCACAAAUCUGCACAUCCAACACCGCGUCGAAGGCUCUCUUUGGGUUAGGUUCAGCGGCAUUUACGGUCCCAUCUUCUGAACACCAGCUCUUACUCAAGAUCACAGCUGUCGCAUAUGACAACCACCCAUGCUGCCAUACACGAUCGGCCAGGGCCUCGCCCCGUCAGCACUCUCCGGCACACCAGGCCAGUCGCCGCAGAAGUUCCUCAACGUGCCUUCGCUGCGGGAGCCGUCGACCGCCGCCGCGUCGUCGUCGUCCUCGGACGGCCUGCCGGCGAACGGGAACGGGAGCGGUGAUCCGCAGCAGCUGGCGGUGCCGCAGAUCAGCGUGGCAGGGGCGCCGUCGGAGUCGUCGUUGCUUGGGGAGUCUGUGGCGAGGAGUAGGAGGGGAUCGCUUACGCCGUCGCUGAGACUUGAGACCGCGUCUAUACGGCGGGAGGGGAGUCAUAACUGGCAACUGCUGAAUCAUGCUCGGGACGUCGUGAGCCAGAUCAUCGACCAACUGACCGCCUUUCGAAAGUUCGAACGCGACGACGACGACACGCUCACCAGGAUCGAGUCCGAGCUCGCGAGCCGGGCGCGCGAGGUCGAGGCGCAUAUUUCGCAGCUGAAGAAGAUGCGCGAGCGGGUAGCGCAUUACAACGGCGUGCUUGAGCAGGAGAACGUGCGGUCAAAGACAGAGUACGCGGUGAAGUUGCAGAAGAUUGAUGAGUUUUGUACAGAGCUGGACGUGGUCGCUGAUCUCGAGCGGAGGUUGAAGAAGGCGACGGACCGGGUGGAGGAUUAUAAGAGUAGGAUGGUGGAUAUUCGUAAUGGGAUCAAGAGUGAAAAGGAAAGGCUGAUUGAUUACGAGAGAAGGACUACUUCUCAGCGAAGUAUUCUUUGGAGCUGUUUGUCGGUGGGAGCACUUGCUUGUGGAGUCGGGUACUCGAUAUAUUUGUACAAAGCAAGAAUAUAGCCUAUUCUGAGUCUCCAGCAUACAAUAUGUAUACUUUGACAAGCUGCAUGCACGAAGCACCGCGGUCCAGUGCCGAUACCAUUCCCUGAGCACUGCUGGGGGAGUAUCGUCAGUCCUCGGCUUUGGCAGAGGAUGAGUCUGCAUUACAGCAGGCCUUGAUUUGCCUCUAUUCAAUACCAUUCCACCACCCACUCAGCACCAGCAGACCUCUCUCUGAUUUCAACACACCUUCAAUCACUUCUAUCCUCUCCUCUUAACAAAGACGUAGACAAAGCCUCCGCUGGCUG